AUGGCCGACGUCCAAGCCCACAAACCCCAUCGGGCUUCCAAGAAGUCCAAGGAGAAGACGGGUUCCAAGCAUACAGGUGAACAGAACCCCAAGGCCUUUGCCUUCUCCAACCCCGGUAAGCUUGCCAGACAAGCCGCCAGAUCCCAUGAUAUCAAAGAGAAGCGUCUUCACGUCCCCGCCAUCGACCGUGUCCCCGAUGAACCGCCCCCAAGACUCGUUGCCAUCGUUGGCCCCCCCGGUGUAGGAAAGACCACCCUCCUCAAGUCCUUCAUUAGACGAUAUGCAAAGGAAACCAUCCAAGACCCCGUGGGACCUAUCACGGUCGUCACCUCCAAGAAGCAGAGAUUGACCUUCAUCGAAUGCGCCAACGAACUCGAGGCCAUGGUCGACAUCGCAAAGGUCGCCGACAUUGUCCUCCUGAUGAUCGAUGGAAACUUCGGAUUCGAGAUGGAGACUAUGGAGUUCCUCAACGUCCUUGCCGCCACCGGUAUGCCCGGAAACGUCUUUGGCAUCCUCACCCAUCUCGACCUGUUCCGGAAACCACAGGCACUCAAGGACGCAAAGAAGAGGUUAAAGCACAGACUUUGGAGCGAACUCUACCAGGGCGCCCACCUUUUCUACCUUUCCGGUGUCCUCAACGGCCGUUACCCCGACCGCGAAAUCCACAACCUCUCCCGCUUCUUGUCCGUCAUGAAGAACCCCCGCCCGCUCAUCUGGCGCAACACCCACCCUUAUACCAUCAUCGACAACUACCGCGACGUCACCCACCCCACCCAGAUCGAAGAAGACGAGAAAUGCGACCGAACGAUCGAGCUGUCCGGCUACCUCCGUGGUACAAAUUUCUCCGCCGAGAACCAAAGAGUACAUAUUGCUGGCUUGGGCGACUUCACAAUCAAAGAGAUCGAACAAUUACCUGAUCCUUGCCCGACACCCGCUAUGGAACAAGCACUGGCCAAGGCAGCUGGCAAGACCGGCAGGAGGCGACUCGACGAGAAGGACAAGAAGCUCUGGGCGCCCAUGGCCGACCGCAGCGGCUUGAAGAUUACUGGCGACCACAUCGUUAUCACUAGGGAGAACGGUUUCACAUUCGACAAGGAUGCUGUGGGUGUCGAGCGCGGUGAAGGAGAACAGCUUAUUAUCGACCUGCAGAGCGAGAGGCGUCUCCUCGGCCAGACAGACGACGGUGUCAAGCUACUUGCCGAGGGCGAGAGUGGAAAUCCUCCCGAAGACGAGGGCUUCGAGAGCGGCGAGGACGACGAUGAGAUGGAGGACGGUUCCGAUGUCGAGUCCGAGUUCAACGAGAUGAAGUUGGGCAAGAUGUUCAGGAAACAGGUCGACGAAGAGCAAGAAGACGAUGUUGCCUUUGCCGACAGUGACUCCGACCUCGGUUCGAUAUCCGGCGACGAAGACCAAGGAUCCGACUUCGACGACGAUGAGGAUGACGAGGAGGAUCCUGAGCUCAAGUGGAAGGACAACAUGAUGGAGCGCGCAAGUAAGCUACACGGAAGGAGGAAACCCUUCCGCGCUGUCGACCUUGCGAGGUACAUGUACGACGAGUCGUUGGCCCCCACAGAAGCCAUCAAGAAGUGGGCGGGUCAAGAUGAGGAGGAGGAUAUUGAGGAGGACAUCGAAGAGGACGACGAGACCUUCUUCAGGAGGACUGGCAAGGAGAACAGCGAGGACAACUGGGAGGAUCGCAUGAUUCCCAAGUUCGACUACGAACAACUAGAGGCCAAGUGGUCCGACAAGGACGCUGUCGAGGCUCUCCGGAACAAGUUCGCCACCGCCAACCUACUUGACGAGGCUGAUGGUGAAGGUGGAGAUGGUUCGGAUUUCGAGGGUCUUGAUGACGAAGACGAGGACGACGAAGGUGACGGUGCUUUCGAGGAUCUCGAGGCAGAAGAGACGAACGGCGGAGAUGAGGAUGGAGAGGAGGAAGAAGACGAAGAGGAACCGCCAGCCGAAAGCCUAGAAGCCGAGCGUGAGAAAAACGCCCGCCGAAAGGAGGAGCUCAAGCUUCGCUUCGAGGAGGAAGAUCGCGAAGGUUUCAAGAACGACAAGGCGAUCGCCAGGCGAGAAGGUGGCAACGAUGAGGAGUUUGGAGAGGACGACUGGUAUGACGCUCAAAAGGCCAUGAUCCAGAAGCAGCUCGACAUCAACAAGGCGGAAUUUGAGAACCUUGAUGAGAGUCAAAGAAUUGCUGUCGAAGGCUACAAGGCCGGCAAGUACGCCAGGAUGGUCAUCGAGGGUGUCCCAGCAGAGUUCGUCAAGAACUUCAGGCCACGGAUUCCCAUCGUUGUCGGAGGUCUCUCGGCCACGGAGGACAGGUUCGGCUUUGUACAAGUCAGAAUCAAGAAGCACCGUUGGCACAAGAAGAUUCUCAAGACAGGAGAUCCCCUCAUCUUCUCCCUCGGCUGGCGCCGAUUCCAGUCGCUCCCUAUCUACUCCAUCUCUGAUUCUCGUACGAGAAACAGAAUGUUGAAGUACACUCCGGAGCAUAUGCACUGCUUCGGUACCUUCUACGGCCCGCUGUGUGCCCCCCAACACUGGUUUCACAGUUUCCAGUCCUUCUCUUCCGCCAACCCCGGAUUCCGUAUCGCGGCUACCGGUACAGUAUUGAGCGUAGACGAGUCUACCGAGAUCGUCAAGAAGCUCAAGCUGACUGGUACACCAUACAAGAUCUUCAAGAACACGGCCUUCAUCAAGGACAUGUUCAACUCGGCGCUGGAAAUCGCCAAGUUCGAGGGUGCCUCCAUCAAGACCGUCUCCGGUAUCCGCGGUCAGAUCAAGCGCGCACUCGCCAAGCCCGACGGCCACUUCCGUGCCACCUUCGAGGACAAGAUCCUGCUCAGCGACAUUGUCUUUUUGCGCGCCUGGUACCCCAUCAAGCCGCACCGCUUCUACAACCCGGCGACCAACCUGGUCGGCUGGCAGAGUAUGCGUCUCACGGGCGAGGUCCGCCGCGACCAGAACAUCGCCACGCCGCUCGACAAGAACUCGGCCUACCGCAAGAUCGAGCGCGAGACCCGUCGUUUCAACCCCCUCCGCGUGCCGCGUGCCCUCGCGGCCGAGCUGCCCUUCAAGUCCCAGAUCAUCCAGACCAAGAAGCAGAAGAAGGAGACGUACAUGCAGAAGCGCGCGGUCGUCGUCCGCGGCGAGGAGAAGAAGGCGCGCGAUCUUAUGCAGAAGCUCACGACCAUCCGCAAGGAGGUGGUGGAGAAGCGCAAGGCCAAGAAGGCGGAGCAGCACGAGAAGUACAGAAAGAGGCUGGAGGAUGCCGAGGAGCGCAUCCAGAGCAAGGAGAAGAAGGAGAAGAAGGCCUACUGGGAGAGGGAGGGUAAGAAGCGUGGUCCUAGCGGUGAUCAGGGUGGUGGUGGUAAGAGGAGGAGGUAA